UAGACUGGAAAUCGGAAAACAGAGAGAGAGAGAGAGAUGAGCUCGUGUGCAAUUCGAGCUCCAUGCUUUACUCUUUGGAGCUCUCCAUCCAAUACCGUGGAGUUAGCGAACGGUAAAACGCGGUGCGUGGUGGUGGGAAUGAGCAACAGAAGCAAGAAUCGGAAGCCGUUGCAGAAGGGGAGAAACCUCAGCAUCGAAGCAAUUCAAACGGUGCAGGCGUUGAAGCGAGCCCAGAAAGACCAACCUUCAUUGGACCAAGAGUUCCAGUCCAAGUUCAAGCGCCUCCUCAAGCUCGAUAUGAUUGCCGUUCUUCGCGAACUCCUCCGCCAGAACCAAUGCUUCUUGGCCCUCAAGGUUUUCGAAGAUAUUCGGAAGGAAUACUGGUAUAGGCCUCAAGUCUCACUCUAUGCUGAUAUGAUCAAAGUAUUGGGUAGCAAUGGAUUGUUUGAACAUGUUGAACUACUUCACUCCUAUUUGAAAACAGAAGCUGGUGGCUUAGGGCUUGAAAUCGAGGGCUUUAAUGCUGUCUUGAGAGCUUUGGUGAGUUCUAACCAUACUAAACUUGCAAUGGAAUGUUACUACCUGAUGAAACAAGUUGGAUGUGAUCCAGACAAGUCAUCCUUUACGAUACUUAUAACUGCCUUGGAAUCAAAUGGAGAAACAGGAGCGUCGGCUAUCUUAAGGCAGGAUGCUCAAAUGUAUUAUGGUGAAGAUCUAGAGUUUCUUGAGGAGGAAGAGAUGGUGAAGCAAAUACUGAGGGAAUCACCUUCCAAGGCAGCCUAAUUCGUCAAGUGCCGGGACAAAGGGAGAGAAUUCAGGGAAUAUACACUGCUACUUUUUUAACUAUUACACGUUCCAUCAACAACAAAGCUUUCCAAUCAAGAUAUCAUUAAGAGACAAAACUGGGACCUCGUAUACCUAUUUUUUCAACUUUCUUCUGCAACUUUUCCCCUAAUUUUUGACCAAAACCUCAACUUUGUGAGAUAGUAGAGGAAACUUUGAGUGA